GGAUUAUUUGUUUAUUUUAAAGUAAUUUUUAUAUUUAUAAUCAUAUGUAUUAGUGAACACCGUAUAAUAUAAGCAAACUUAAGUUGUUUCAGGAUUUUUAUUAAGUAAAGUGUAGUGGGCAGUUGAGGCAAUGGAGCUUCAAGCAUUGCUGGUGCUCUGUGGCCUCGGUGUAGCUGGCGCUGCAGUUAUCUUGCUGAUGGGCCUGUUCUCUACAUCAGGAACUACAUAUGAAGAAGCCAUCGCCCAACAAAGAAAGGCCACUACUGAACUUCUUGCUCUGGCUGAGAAUAAGGGAAAAGCUAAGAAAACUAGCAAGAAAGCAAACAAGAAGUUGGCAAAGAAAGAGAGGAAGGAGAGUGCUGCAGCGGCAACUGGGAGUGAACCGGAGAGUGAGGCACCUGCAGAGAGUGGAGCUGAUGAAGAUAAUGCACCUGCAUCCAAGCCUCAUGUGGAAUUCAGCCCUCCUGUUGUUGUGGAUGUGCCCACAGAUACUCCUCCCAAUAUUAAGAUCCGCAAACGCGGUAAGGAUCUUAAAGUAAAGCCGAUACUUGUUAACAAAGAGGAUCCGAGCUGCGUUAGCGAUCCGGGCUCCGCGCCCAUCAACGGCAGUGCCGUCUCCAACCACUUUGAAGAAAUGCACCCCAAGGACGAGUUCGAAUUGUUGCACUCAUCGUUCCUUGAAAAAGCAUUAGAGAAGAAGGAAGAGGCUGCAGAAAAGAAGGACAAGGCUCCGAAGUCGGCCAAGAAUACGAAAGCUCCGUCCAAACCGGCCGCUAAUCCGGAGCCUGUCAAAGAUGAAGCUGUUCCAGAACGACAAAACACUGCCGAAGGACCCAAAGAACAGAGAAAAGUUAAGAAAGCAGAGAAGAAGAAUGUGGUAGAAGAAGUGUCAGUGGCGGAGGAGGUGGUGCCGCCGUCCCCCGCACCCUCCCCACCCGCCGGCAAAGGCAAGAAGAAGAAACCUGAACCUAAUGUGCUCUCGCUCAUGGCCAAAUGGUUUGGGGGUCCCAAUGAUCCGAUGCAGAAGUUAAAGAAGCAGCUGGCGGAGAAGGAGAAGGCGUUGGCUGACGAACUGGAGGCCUCGCAAGCACUUCAUGCCAAGCUUAAGGAAUUGCGUGCGACGCUGAACGCAGAGCGCGGGCGCGCGGCGGCGGCGGGGCGCGCGGCGGAGCAGGCGGCGGGCGCGGCGCGCGCGGAGCUGCACACGCUGCAGGCGCGGCUGCAGCGCGUGCUCGACGACAACCACGCCCUCGGACAGGAGAAAAUACAUCUACAAUCUAAAUUGGCCGCUGAAGGAGAAGCCCAAGCACAACGGGUUCAGAUGGAAUUGCAUAUCCAGAGAUUGUCUGAAGUAAAAGGAAAUGUAGAAAACCUUAAAUCGGAUAUCGAGAAAGCUAAAGAAGAUGCGGAGAAAGCGAAAGCAAGCGUAGAUAAAGCUAAAGAAGAUGCAGACACAUUUAAGAAAGAAGCAGAAAAAGCUAAGGAAGAGGCCAAGAAAGUUACGGAAGAAGCAAAUAAACUGCGAGAGGAAAUAGAGAAAUUAAAACAACAAUAUGAAAAUGUUAGACAGGAAUCGGAACAACAAAAAUCAAAAAUAUCAAGCGAGGCUGCGUCUCUGAUGGAACAGUUGCGGUUGCGGGAGUCUGAGCUGGCCGAGGUGAAGCAGCUGGCGGCGCAUCCCGCACACAACGGACUGCCCAACUCUAAUGACGACCAGAAGCGUGCUAAUGAGCUGGCGAAGGUGGAAAGUGUGGUGGUCGGUCUAAAGGAAGAGCUGAGUGCGGCGCAGCGCGCCAGCGCAGACCUCAAGGAACAGGUGGCCUCGCUGCGCAGCCAGCUGCAGCAGUACCAGCAGAAGAACAACGAGUUGCGAACUAAAAACUGGAAGGUCAUGGAGGCGUUACAAUCCGCCGAAAAGUCCCUCCAGGCGAAAUGCGCCCGCGCGCCGCCGCCACACCACCUCGCUGAGGCGAUACUCAAGGCCCAGGAAACACAAUACAAAGAAGUAGCCAGCAUAUUGCGUUCAGCCGUACCCAAUAUCGGGCCCGGCUCCGGCUGCGACCGCGACUGGCUGCAGGCUUUCGCCAACAGCAUGAAGAACGAAUUCCAGAAGAUAGAAUCACAGAAGAAGGAGCUGGAGAAAAAACAGCUCGAGUUGGAGAAGAAGACAGAAGUACAAGCGCCCAAAGAUGACUCCCGACUGACAGAAGUUAUCGCACAGAACGAACAGCUACAGGUCCUUUUGGAUAAAUAUAAGCGAGUUAUUGCUGAUACGGAGUAUGCGCUAAGUGAGCUGCAAAAGAACGUGUCUGUGGAGGAGCAGCGGUGGCAGCAGCAGCUCGCAGACAAGCAGCGGGAACUGGACACUCUCCAGCAGAGAAUAGCCGCACAGGUGCAGAAGAAAGCAGACAAAGUGGAUGUUAUAUUAAACCAGGCACAGAAACCCAACCACAGUCACAGUUUUGCUGAUGCGGAAAGACUAACAGAGGAAAGACUAAUGAGCAGCUUAACAGAAAAGCAUGAUUCACGUAAUGGACCUUCACAGCAGGUAUCAUUGGAAGAAAUAUAACAAAUAUAAAUAUACGUGAAGGAAGCGUUGCCCCGCGCUCGCCGGCCCGAGAUGCCGCGUCCGUGACGUCACUGCCCUUGGAUUAAGCUUUAUAAGUGAUUUACUAUGAACAUUCAAAUUAAACAGACAUUAAAUUGAAUAUACACUGCACCACUAAAGUACCACCAGUGUUGGUAGGAAUAGUUCAUUUUUAUAAUACCAGUUUUAGCCCUACUGGCGUUCUGGGUGAUAUUUCCCUUUUUUACUAUGCAUGAAUCCUCUAAACUAACAUUGAUAAUGCAUUUAUAUAUCGAUGUUAUACAUAAUGGACUAAUAAUUGGUUGCAAAAAUGUUAUCUGUUUUCUGUUGAAAAUAUUUUGUGUCCGUUGAGACUUUUAUAACAAUGUUUUUUGAUAUCGAGCUCCCACUGCCACAUUUCUCAUACUAAGUAUAUUGAGGGUGUACCUAAAUGUCCAAUUUACUAUGCCAUAUAAAGACCAGUGAUAGUGUUGCAAUGUAUAUUUGAUGUUAUGCUUGGUGAUACCAGUUGAACGAUAAUCGGAUGCAAUUUACAAAACCGUUCACUGCUCAAUGUCUCAUUCAAAUGCCUUUAUUUUUUACUAAUUGCUAAUAAAAAUAAUAUUUACUUUGUACUUUUAUAUUUUGUAUUCGUGAUAAAAGAUAUUUGAUGUAUCCCAAUACAAAUCAAUAUUCAUUAAAAAAAUGAUUGGGAUAAAAUCAUUAUAGUGCAAUAAGUGGAAUAAAUCUGUCAUUUUCGUUGAUGUGCAAACGUUUAAAUUUUAUUGGCAUGUGUAUUUGUCUGUUAUAAGAAAUUCAAAAGGACUAUUAAUUUGAUUUUAUUUAUGUGUAUUUGUCUGAUACAAAUUUAAUAAAAUUUGUUAAUCAGAUCAACUUUGACAAUGAAUUCUGACUUAUUUUUAAUUAAUUAAUUUUUGUUAUUACUAAAAGACCAUUAUUUGAAAUGGUAAUAAACUAAAGGUAAUAAAUUUAUUGAUUUUAUAAUUUUUAAAUCAACUCUAGAUAAAUUUUGAUCAUUAUGUCAUAUUGUGGAUAAUUAACGCAGUAAAAAACCUACAAGAAUGAUGGCAGUGACUGUUUAUUUAGGUUUAAAUCUGAAAAUGUUCCCUAAUUUUAUUGAUAGAAAAGUUUUAUUGGAAAUAGUUUAGAAAUAUAUCAAUUUCAUUUUAUAAUUUUAUACAACGCCCUGAAUUUAAAAUUUAGCGCUUUUAAUUACAAUAAUUUUAGGCAAAUUAUUUAUUAAUUUAAAACAUAUAUCAUUUAAAGCUUGGGUAUCUAUAAUGUAAUCAUUUCUGUCAGUGCCUUAGGGUAAGUUUGAAUUUAUUAAGCUGUUUCACUUUAGUUGUAAAAUCAUAAGCAUGCUAAAGUAAGCACUAUGUUAUAUUUUUUUCACAGUAAUAUAAUUGAUAGAAUUAUAUUGACUAUAGUGAAUCACUGUGUCGAAUGUCCUGGAAAAUGUGAAUUAGGAAAUAGUGAUAUCGUAUCUUAAAUGUAUGUAAGUAAGCCAGUUUUUAUGACGAUUCAUAUAUUAGAUAAAGACAUUAUGAAUAAAAAAUUUCUAUAAU